GUAGGAGUUCGUCACGCAGAAGCAGAUGAAGCAGUUUUAUGACAACCUCGACCGCCGAUUAAAUGUGCAAAGUACGUCUGGAGACUAGUCUAGAUGACAAGCCCAACCACAGGUCCGUAGGCUAUAGUGGCAGUUUUCGGAUCUAGGAACCAUGUUAUUCGCAGCGGCUGCGAGGGACUCAAUCUCUACAACCAAAGCGAGGUCGGAACGAACGUCACUCCACGAUGGCUUCUUCUUUUGCACGGUGCAAUUAUUCGGUUCAGUUUUUCUUGCGAAUUUCGACGAAUAGACGUGCCAUUUCCAUGUUUGAACUCACGCGGAGUGCACUUCAUUCACUGCGCCAGGAAAGCGCUACCCAGCCACUAUUUUAUUGUCACUCUCGUGACCAGCAGGAGGCUUUUUGGAAGGCUUCCGCCAAGCACUCCACCCAAUCACCACAGGUGUUCAUCACUGUUCCACCGCAGCCACUAACCAGCGAAGCGGCACCCGCUGACCCUGGCAAGAAUGGCUGCAAGAUACUAACCAACGUGGAGGUGAACACCGAGAAGAAGCAACUCCUCGUUUCCUGGGAAGGUGGCGCUGAAAGCCAGGCCUUUCCAUUCAUCUGGCUGCGCGACCACUGCCACUGUCCAGAAUGUAUCCACCUUACUGCCUUGGACCGCUUACCAAGCGCCCAGGUAGUCAACGUUGACGUUGUUGCUGACUCCGCUGAGUUAUCUUCCGACGGGACGAAGUUAAUUGUCCGAUGGGACGACGACCAUAAAAGCCAAUUCAUGACGGAUUGGCUGAGAUACUACCGCUUUGACGAAUCCCCGGAUGACCAGUUGCUCAAUCCAGAAUUACGUUUCUUGGGUGCUAACGCCUUCCCCAAAUGCUUCGAUUUUCCCGAGUUGUUGGCAGACGACCUGGCCCUUUACGACUGGCUGAGCGAUGUUCUGGCUCGAGGUGUUGCUGUGGUAAAAAACGCCCCUGCGGAAGUCCGGCAGGUGCACAAGCUGGCAGGUCGGGUGGCCUUUCUUCGACAAACCCUUUUUGGGGAAACUUGUCACAUAAGGACAAAACACACUCCAAGCAGCGUUGGAUACACAUCAGGUGCCCUUGCACUGCACGUAGACUUCGCGUACUACAUGCGGAAGCCAGGGUUAGCAAUGAUGCACUGCAUCGAGCAGGCCGAGGGUAAAGGAGGCGAAAAUCUAAUUUCGGAUGGUUUCAAGGUCGCCAUGGAUCUAAAAGAAGCAGACCCAGAAGCCUUUCGUCUCCUGACGACCUACCAGUUUGAAUAUUCGGCUAAAGGGGCGGACUAUCUUGGACGUUUGUACCUCCAUAGCAGGCACCCUGUUAUCAGAUUAAAUGAACGUGGUGACAUCGAGGCCAUCUCGAUCAGCAAUCACACCCGGGACCCCAUGCUCCGAGUUCCCGUUGACCAGGUGCUGCCGUUUUACUGCGCCCUUGAUAAAUACUGCCAGAUGCUCCAGCAACCGGAAAAUGUACUUAAGUACAAAAUGCAGAAAGGAGAUAUCCUGACGUUCAACAACAAGCGGAUGUUGCACGGUCGCAGUUCCUUCCAGAUGACUGAGAACGAUAACCGCUACCUUGAAUUAGGCUAUCUUGAAUGGGAUGAGAUCUAUUCUCGCCUGCGCGUCCUCGCAAUGCAAUUUGCAGAUCAUACAAAAGAGUAACACAGCUCGUCUUAAGGAAAAACACUGCUUUUACGUAUGAAAUUCCGCAAAGGAACGGGAAUUGUCAAAUUUAAGAAACAGCAGUAAAAUAUAAAGUCAAAAGAAAUUAGCAGUCCAGUUGAAUAUCUCAUCGCUACACUUCGUUUCUUGUCUACAAGGGAACUACAUGUAUUUUACUUAUAAAACUAAAGAACACUAGACAAGAUGUACGGGUUUAGCUACAAACACGAAGUGACCGGGCAAUGUCGAUUCAUAAUCACAACUUUGCUAGACACAUAUGUGUCACAUCACCAAUGCCAAAAACGCUUUCACUCUGCAAGAGCUGCUAUAAACGGUCUGAGUCCCCGCCUCAUGAGCUAGCAGGAUCAAUUUCACUUACAACGCAUACAACAACAACAUACAGCCAUGUCAAACAGUGGGACAGCUAAUAAUUUCAGCCUUCGUAACAAGUUGCAACAUUUGAAUUCAUCUGGAAGAAAUUCUCAAGCAUGGAUCUUGUCACCAGUUUUACUGGACUCUUGCAAAAACAAUACGGCGACACACCAAUUUAAAAUAUGUACAAAAUAUAAACCUAAUUUUAUUCAAAGUUACUAUACACAAUAUGGAUUUAUCUAAAAAUAUAUUUCAAAUAGUUCAAUGCACGGUACCUGACCUGUGAGUAUUUAAAUAUUAGUGAAUCACUUCUUGCUAAUUACAAAUCCGAAAGGUUAAAACUGACCAGUUUCUAUUGUAUACUAUUCAACUCCUCCAAUCAAUGGAAGAUGCUCAAUUCAAUCAAUAUCAGCAAUUCAAAUCCAUUAAUUCACAUCAUAUACAGUUGUCAGCAACAUGUUUAACUUUCCUUAAUUUCCAAAUCAAUCUAAAAUUCUGAUCAACAGGUCAAUCCUCUAAUUCAGCAUUCUAUCAAUUAACCUUUUCAAUACUUAAUUUAGUCGUACGUGACAGCACGAAAGUCAAAGUUGCAUGAAAGUAGAAUAUUCCCAAUUUCCAAGCAAAAUGAAACCUUUCAUGAAUUUAACGACCAAUACCCAAAUCGUGUCACCAUAUCACUCGUAAAUUAUACAACAAAGUGAAACAGUACAUCAAUCAGUAAACGGCACAUUUAAAGACGUGCGACAGUGCAAACAAGUGCACAAAAUAUCAAGAACCGAGUACUACACAUUUUGUAUGGAAAUCACCAACUCAGUGAAAUUAUCAAAAAUUAUUAGGAAGUUAAUACAAUAAUUUAUGGGAGAUUAGGAUGCUUUGUCACAGCUGUGGCGAAUUCCACCAACACCCGUCGUCCAAGUCACAGAAGCAAAGACUGUCAUAGGACAGGACGACGCUGCACAGAACCAUCAGGCUCCAGGAAGGACUGCAGGUUGUGGAACAGGUUGCACUCAGAAUGUGGGACAGUAACUGUGGAACUACUCUCAGGCCUCACAAGCACAGAAUGUCACUUACGACUGCUGUUGUCAAGCCGACCUAUGCUUGUCCGAGCCACGCCCAAGACUUCACAGAGCCGAAAUCUUUGAUACCGUUGAUCACGAAUUGUUACUUUUUAAAUUAGAGCAGUAUGGUGUGUCCGACACUGCACUCAAAUGGUUUAAACACUACAUCUCUAAUAGAAAACAAGUGGUCAGACGCAAUGGCGAAACUUUUGUCCUAAUGACAUUUCCAUUGGCGUACAUCAAGGUCGAGUUCGGGCGCCGUGUUCUUGACACGGGUUUCUUGUUGUCGCACUCGAACGGCGGGAACACAACUCAAGA